AGUUUUCGUGAGUGAACCUUUGUUUCUGCAAAAUGCCUAUCAAAUUUCGUAGUAAAAAUGAAACUUACAGUAACGGUUUUCCGGCAAAACAGAAAAAAAUUCAUAAAGCUACGUCACAAGUUCACCUCACAAAUGCGUCUCAGGAUUUUGGUUUGAAGGGUUCAAAUAUGCAAAUUAAUUUUCGAAUCGGCUCAAACCGCGCCUACGAGACGCUUCCGAUUGACAAACCUUUACCGAUUUCGAGUUGCAAGUCUGAGGAUUGUCUGCAUGCUUCCCUCCGCCGCGAGACGUUGACGACGCGAAAGAUUUUGUCGGAUCGACCAGCAACAGCCCUCGUAUCAAAACGAAACCCUUAUUCUUCCUUGCAUCGCCCAGCGACAAGUAGCUCAUCUUCUCGAGAAGAUCGUUCAACGAAGCCGCAAAGAGACUGGAUUCCACCUCCGCACACCAGUCGCCGAUCGUGGUCUAGCAGCAUCGAUAGUGAGCUGGCAACUGUUGGAAGUUACGACACGGUUACUGAAUACAGUCUCGAAGAUAAACAGUCAUUUGCGGUAUUUAGCAGCGCUUCCAGUGACAGCCCCGAACGCCUCGAGCCCGACACUUCACUGCAAGAUAUUAACGACCCGGUUUUUUUGGAACAAGAAAAACCAGCGCAUAACUUCAAAAAACCAAUAAUAUGCACCACCAAUUCAAGACAACCAGGCCAAUUACAAUCUUCGGAUUGCACGCAAUAUAAACAUCCCGAUGCACUCACGAAAAUUGAAGCCGAUCCCAGGUUACAUCGGUCUGAGUCUUACGCGAUCAAUGACCAAUUACAACCAAAUAACAGACAAUGUACUACUGCACCUACACCUGAACCUAUGACGUUACAAAACGUCAAUUGUAAUCCAUGCGUAGAGACCAAUAAUAUUCAACGACCAUCUGCUGUGGUCGACGUUAGCGCGGAUGACAAUCUCGCACCUGUUUCCGGAGCAUCAAAUUUGAUUGACGAUUCAGUAGAUGAGAUGAGUAGUAUUCGCAGUCCAUCAGGUGGAAGCGAAAAGCCAGUAAAUCAAUCGUUUCAAAUUGUUACGCGGAAGCAGGAGCCCGAAGCAAAAAACGAAGAAUCAAGGAAAGACCAAUCAACUAAAAAGGAAAAUAAUGUGUUAUCGGAAAUAUUAAACUUUUUGGACGAUGCCAACAGUGACACACCAGUUUUACGGUCGCCACUUCUUGCCAUAAAUUCCGAAACAGAAUCAAAUGCUGAAGGAGGUUUUAGAAGACCCCGUUGCGAAGGUGUCACCAGGUUGCACGGCAUGAGCAUGGCUGAGCUAAUCGAAGAGGUCCUAAGCCUUCAGAUGCUAGUUGAGGAUAAAGACAAUAAAAUCUUGGUUAUGGAACGAGCUCUCCAACAUCAAAGAGAACUUUUGGCACGCAAUGUGAAAACAGCCAAGCGUGAAUUGAACUUGCGUUGUAAAGCUCAAAAGGAGGAAUACGAGACGAAUACGAGUCGCAACUUUCAGUUUAUUCAACAGCUUGUCGAGGAAAAGAAGAGGUUAGCUGAAAAAUGUGAAUCAUUGGCCGCCGAAAUGCGACAGCAAACUAUCAAAAUCGAAAACGAAAAGAGAAUGAGCGACGAAAGGCAUAAUGCCGAAAUCCGUCGGUUAAAGCAGGCGUUGGGAAAAGAUCAACGCUCCCACCAAGAGAAGUGGUUGGCUGAUCGUACUGAACACAUACGUGAAGCAACGGCAAGAGGGCUAGAGCCGGAAUUGCGGCGACUUAUGAGUCAGCACCACACCGAGUUACAGAGCCUGCGCUCUAUUCAUCAAGAAGAAAUCAGUCGAAUUGAGCAGACUCACUUGAACAAAACUGCUCAACAACUAAACGCGCUUCGAGAAAAAAUGGACAAUGAUCGUGAAGAAGCCUGCGCCAAAGAACGUGAAAUAAUGCGUGCAAAAUAUGACAAACAAUUAGACGAAAUGGAGGCUAUUCACGCAUCUAAAUGCCAGCGAAUGCAGAUCGAGAUCGAGCGGGAGAGGGCUCGUUGGAGUGAAGAGGAGUCCCGUAUGAAAACCCAGGAUGAUGAAAGAAUGCGUCGUCUUGAAGAGAAACGUAGAAAAGAAAACAUUGCAGCUCAGCAGCUGUUACAAGCAGAAAUCGGGACGCUCAAGCAGCAACAUGUUGAGCACCUCGCUCAACUGAGAAAAAAUUGGGAAGAGGAAAAGCAAGAAGAAAUUAGAGCUAUAAAACAUCAUUUGGAAAUGGAUUCUAAAGAACGUGAAAGGCGGCUCCUCGAAACCCAAAGAAAAGAACGUGACGAAGAUGCACAAAAAUUGAACUCUCAUUUUGCGGACGAGCUCAAACGGCAACACGAACAAUGGAGAAAAAUGUCGGAAGAACAAUUGGAGCGCGUUAGGGAAAAAAACGCAGAAGAAAUAAGUAGAUUAGAUCAAGUUGAAUUCGAAUUGCGCAACAAACUGGUUGAAAUGCGACGUACCUUAACCGAUCGUGAUGAAGAACUGGCUGCUUUACGGCUGACCCUUUUCCAAAUCGUAAAGGAAAACAAAGAUAUUAAGCAAACGUUAGAAAAAUUUUCUGCAGAGCGUUCUGAUCUAAGGAAGGUAUUACAAAAGGAAUUGGACGAUGAAUUUUGUAAACUGAACGAAGAAAAGAGGGAGCUCCAAGAAGAUUGUAGCCGGCUGAAAUCCGAACACCGCAUAGAAAUAAACAAAAAGAUCUCAGAGAUAUCAAAUCUGUCCGCUACGCAUGAACAAAUGCUAGGCGACAUCCACGAAAAGGUUAAACAAGCCGUUGCGAAAAAAGAUGACGCAUUGGCACAGAUGCAAGAAAAACUUAAAACUGCCAUUUCCCGUUGUCAGCAUCUGGAGGAAUUAUUAGACCGGCAACAAAGAGAUUUGAUUAUACGGAAAAAGUGAGCAAUACUGGCGUUCCAGGAUAUGCCUAUAUGUUUCGUGCGUCUUAUUUCAACAAACUUUACCGUUAAAAACGCCGUCCUUCUUGCCCAUUAUGGAAAUCCGUUUUACCCAAAAUAAAAAUAAAAAAUAA